GACGCACCCAGAAGUGAAACUAUUACAUUCCAGACAGUCAUUUUCUUUAUUGUCGACCCAUAUUAAGAUGGAGACUCCUUGCGGAAGUACUGUUAGAAGACUAGUCAUUUACUUUGUUGCAAAUAUCAUUUUCUUCUCAUCGGAAGCAUUGGGUUGGCAGGACGAUCCUGUUGGUAUAGCAGACCGUAAUAUUAUCCCAGAUAACAGAUUUACAGCAUCUUCAUAUUAUGACUCUAGAUAUGCUCCAAUGAAUGCACGUCUGAAUGGAGCAGCCAGAGGAUGGGCACCAAGGAUAGCAACCAAUCCUAAUGACUAUCUACAGAUAGACUUGGAUCAAGUGUUUGUUAUCUCUGCUGUGGCUACACAAGGUGCGAAUGGAAGAAAUGAAUGGACUACGGAAUAUAAAAUAUCAACAUCUAUAGACAAAAAUGCUAUGGUAUGGGCUACUUACAAAAAUGGAAUGGCAGACAAGUUGUUUCCUGGUAAUACAGAUAGUAAUGCUGUUGUCAAGAAUGUUUUGGGUGUUCCAGCUUUGGUCAGAUACAUCAGAUUCAUACCAACAGCUUACCACUCAUGGAAGACGAUGCGGGUAGAAACAUAUGGAUUUAUGAAAGAUCUACAAUGGACCUCACCAGCACCAACAGUGGACAAUAUCACGUCGACGUCAGCAAUCGUAAGAUGGGGGAACACAACAGGAAGCCCAUUGCAAGCAAAUCUAACAUUCUAUAUUAUAAAGUACCAAGACAACAACACUACCCGUACAUUAAACGUAUCAGGUUUUGAAACUAGUGUCAACAUCACUGGUCUUUCACCAAAUACAAAUUACAGUGUUAUAAUUAAAGCUGUGAACAAAGCUGGUCAUGGACCGUGGAGUUGUUCUACGAACUUCACAACGCUUCCAGACCGACCAUACGGUGAUCCAUUGUCAGUUACAGCAUAUCCCCUAUCAUCACAAAGUGUACGUGUUACUUGGCAUGCCUCAAAGUGUGGAUCCAAUGGUCCUAUUAGAGGGUACAAAAUUAUGUGUACAGCAAUAUCCAUGAAUGUUACCAAGGAAUAUGUUACAAGUGCUAACCAAACAAGCUACAACAUUACAAGUUUAGAAAAGUGGACUGAAUACCGAAUCACAGUAAAGUGCUUCAAUGACAAUGGAGAAGGUCCUGCCAGUGCAGAGGUCACUGUACGUACAAUGGAGGAUGCCCCAGGUAGACCAGAACAUUUUGAAGUAACGGUUCUCAGUUCUUCGUGCAUUCAACUGGAUUGGGCUUUGCCAUCUGAAGCAAAUGGCAUCAUACGAGGAUUUAGAAUGCGGUAUGAAAAACUUGUUAAAAGCAAUGGCUUUUUAAGAAACACGACUUUGCCUGGUAAUGGAACUUUAAGUUAUGUACUAACUGGACUGGACAGUUGCACUACAUACUCCUUCAAAAUAUUGGCAUAUACAAUCAAGGAUGGUCCAUAUACACAUGAGAUCCAAAGAACAACAGCUGAAAAUGUUUGCCAAAGCGAUGCAAUUGGUAUAGCAGACCCUAAUAUUAUACCAGAUGACAAGUUCACAGCAACUUCGUGGUAUGGUGUUUCAAAUGAACCUUGGGCUGCACGUUUGUAUGGUACAGAUGAUGGAUGGGCGCCAAAUUCACAAUCUGACCCCUAUGACUUCCUACAGAUAUACUUGGGUCAAGUGUUUGUUGUCUGUGCGGUGGCUACACAAGGAUGCAACGGUUGCCACAAAAGAACUACGCAAUAUAAAAUAUCAACAUCUGUAGAUAAAAAUGCUAGAGUAUGGGCCAUUUACAAAAAUGGAAUUGCAGACAAGUUGUUUCCUGGUAAUACAGAUAGUAAUACUGUCGUCAAGAAUGUUUUGGGUGUUCCAGCUUUGGUCAGAUACAUCAGAUUCAUACCAACAGCUUACCACUCAUGGAAGACGAUGCGGGUAGAAGCAUAUGGAUUUAUGAAAGAUCUACAAUGGACCUCACCAGCACCAACAGUGGACAAUAUCACGUCGACGUCAGCAAUCGUAAGAUGGAGGAACACGACAGGAAACCCAUUGCAAGCAAAUAUAACAUUCUAUAUUAUAAAGUACCAAGACAACAGUACUACCCGUACAUUAAACGUAUCAGGUUUUGAAACUAGUGUCAACAACUCUGGUCUUACGCCCUAUACAAACUACAGUGUUAUGAUUAAAGCUGUAAACAAAGCUGGUCAUGGACAGUGGAGUUGUUCUACUAACUUCACAACACUAGUUGAAAUUUUACCAUACGGAGCUCCAGUGUCAGCUUUAGCAUAUUCCCUAUCAUCACAGAGUCUACGUGUUACGUGGGAUGCCUCAAAGUGUGGAUCCAAUGGUCCUAAUACUAGUACUGUUGUCAAGAACGUCUUAAAUAUUCCAGUAUUGGCACGAUACAUUAGAUUCAUACCAAUAGCUUACUAYUCUUGGAAGACCUUGCGAGUAGAAGCUUACGGAUAUAUAAGAGACCUACAAUGGACCUCACCAGCACCAACAGUCGAGAAUAUCACGUCAACUUCAGCAGCUGUAAGGUGGAGGAAAAUAACAGAAAGUCCAUUGCAAGCGAAUAUAACAUUUUAUAUUGUAAAGUACCACACRAACAACAAUACUCGUAUAUCAAAUGUAUCAGGUUCUGAAGCUAGUGUCGUUGACGUCACUGGUCUUACGCCCGAUACAAACUACAGUGUUAGGAUUAAAGCUGUUAGCAGAAAUUAUCAUGGACAGUGGAGUUGCCCAACGAGCUUUAUAACGCCAGGUUCUGAUCUGCCACCAUGUAUUGCAAAGCAGACACAGAAGGAGACGAACGAGGCGAGGCGGGAAAAGAAAGAGACUACCUGCAUAAGUUCGUCCAUUGUUGCUACUAGUCUGGCAUUCAAUGUAGCGUUCUUGGUUUUCAUCUUACUACUUGUGGUGUACAUUAACCAUCUUAAGAAACAACUUGAAGAAGCGAAGAAGGCAGAAAAGAGGCAAAUGAAUGCUUUCAAUGAAGUGCUUUAUUCGAACACAAAUGCAAUAAUCUCCGAAGGAUCAGGACUUCCUAUGCAACAAUUGCCUUCCUAUGACAAUUCUACCUACGAGCCAAUUGCUUCAUGUGGUAUCGUCACAGGUGCAAACUGAGGUCACUGGCCAUCAGACUAUACCAUAUAAUAUAGGACCAAUCAACAUUAACUCCAAUGCCAGAACCAUGCACAAGUCUAAACCCAUACCUAAGCCCAAACCUAAGACCAAAUAAAGGAUAUAUGAAACUGCUCACCCAGGAGAGCAAGCGGAAAAACCUCAAGAAAGUUCUGCACCAUCUUUGGCACAGACGUCACUCACAUAUCAGUCUCUGAUACAAGAAAACCAGAUUAAACCAGCUUACCAAAGUCUUCACUCUUAUGUAAACACGAAAGGGAACGGGGACGCAGAAUGUAACAAUUGAACGUUCGUCUAUAAAAACUGUAGCAGUAAAUAGUAGUGGUAGUAAGUGAUAACUGUCAGUGCUGUACGUUACUAGUCCGAAUUAUACUAUGACAAAGAGUUCGCAAAAAAUAUAUUUCGCUUCGAUACUGCGAAUACGUUGUAAAGCCUACAAAAUGCAUAUGCUAAAGACUAGAUAUUUCUAAAUCCACUCUCAGGGCCUUCCUUUUUAAACAAUCGUUUAAUCAUAAGCUACGAGCCGAUUGACUCAUGCGGUUCUUUCGAAUUACUUUGGAUAAACUGGUCUUGGCAUUUUAUUUUUUUCGAAUUCUUUUUCAUAUGUGUAUAUUAUUUUUCUUGUAUUUUAUGCUGUACUGUAUCGUAACUAAAUUACAUGGUAUUGUAGUGCAUUACAGGGUAUUGUAGUGUAUUACAGUGUAUUACAGGGUAUUGUAGGGUAGUACAGGGUAUCGUAGUGUAUU